AGGUUUCGAGCGUACACGCGAGAAGAGACGCAACACACUCGACCACUCCUCUGUUCUCUGCACGCGACGCCACGCAAAAACUCUAAUCCCUAAUCUAGCGCGGCGGCGGCGUCUGGCCAGGUCGCCAGGAGCCCAGGACCGGGCGGCGCAGCCGAUGGCAGGGCAGGCAACCGCGGCGGCAGGAUGGGGAGCUAGAGGACGGCGGCACCGUGGAAGCAAGCGACAGUGGCGCAAGCGGCGGCUCUAGCAAGGGCCUAGGCGCCUAGCGGCAGCAGCAGCAACGGCCGUCCGGGCGUCCGGCCACUUCUGAGUCCGGCGCAGUUCCGACCAGACUGCCAGAGGAUGGAAAGGAAGAGGAAUAGCAAAUCCAAAGGAAAGGGGAGGAGAUAAUUUCUCAAUUUUUUUGAAAUUUUUGUAGCAAAUUUUCACAGUAGUUUUAAGCCUUAAAUUCAAGCAGAUUGUAGUUACAUAUUAAUGUUGUGAACACUCUGGUUGUGAAUUGCAGAUUUGAAAAGAUAUUUUGAAGUGCUUAGUAGUGGCAGAAGCUUGAAAUUGAACCCAAGUACCCGUAAAAGUGUCAAUGUUUCGGCACAUGCCACUCAUCAAGAUCAAGAAGCGGAUGCUAUCAAGAUCAUGCCAAAGGCGAUGCUCAUUCCCGUUCUUAGUGAGAUGGGUUUACUCGAUGCAAAGUAUGAGCAUUGCAGACUCUGGCGAGCUGCUGAAGGUCGACGAGGAGGGCGCCGCCGCCACCGUCAUCAGGCUGGUCCACAUCCACGCGCUGCUCGGCGUCACCAGGUCACCGGCACAACUCUGCACGCCCAGGCCGUUCAACAUUUUCUUCCGCUUUUGGUGCGUCACAUUUAGAGUUUUUCUUUCCCAUUUUACCGUGUUUGCAUGGUAAGAUGUUUUGUAGAUUUGAAGGUUCGUAGCCUUGGCUCCAAAGCUUCAAGCUCUUGCAUAAUAGUGUUGUUCAGUGGGAUGCAGAAUUUUUGUUUGUCUGAUUGGCUAUCCUUGGUGCUGAUUUACUACAAUAAAGAAGCUGUGUGUAUAAAUAUUACUAACUGCUGAUACUUUGCAUCAGUGAUUUCAUUUCUGUUGGCCCUCCUUAAGAUUGCUUAGGAAUGUGAGGCUUAAAAGUUUCAA